GCAAGCUACAGUAGGUGUCGCUGUCAGAGCUUGUCGUCCGCGAAAUUUGAAAGACAUUUUUUUCGCUUGCCUCCGAGAAGGUUAACAAUGAAGCUGAUCGAGCACUACGAGGUGCUGAUCGAGCGUCCCACCUCCGAAGUAUCCUUCGCCUGGAAAGCGUGUAUGAUAUUCACGCUUUUUGUUAGUUCGGCAUCGAGUUACACCUGUGCAAUCGCAUUUUACAACUUUUGGGCUCGACUUAGACCGCAAGUGAACCUGAGCUACGUCCUUGCGGUAUCUCACGAUCCCAACAGGCUUCGCGACAUCAUGAUCAUUUCUCAACAACACAGGCACUGCGCGUUUUUUCAGUACUGCUGCGUAGUGUCCUUUUUCUUGGCGUUGAUCACCAUGGUGAUGUUCACGAUGUGCGGUAGGGGCGGCUACGGGGCCGGCCUAUUCGCGGCUAGCUGGAGAAUCGUCAUACCCGCACUCGUCAUAUGCAUGACCAUGAUGAUCGCAACGAUGCACACGACCCACCACUUCACCUACGGAUUCCUGCACUUCAGCGACAGCCUGUAUCUGCUGGCGCAACGGAUCUUGAAAAAUGGGGACAACCCCUUCAAGUAUUACCGCGCUUGCGAGGCUUUUCGAGAGUUCACGAGGAUAUACAACAUCUACGAUUUUGAUUCUUGCGGGCUUUACUCGAUCGUCGAAUACACGUCUUGGAUAACCACGUGGGGCUGGGCAGCGAGUUUUUUCAUUUUAAGCUUGCGAGUGCUGACGUCCGCCGAUUUCAACUUGUUGAAAGUCAACGUUUACGCAAUACCCCCGGACAAGCGCAAGAGAGAUGCCAUCGUUGAGAAAGUUUAUCAAGCCAAUUCUACCGCCGCCAACGAGCAAAAACUACUGAAACACAAGUUAUUCGACGAGUACGUAAAAAGAGAAAAAGUACUUUAACGCAAAAACCUAUGUCAUAUAAUAAUUACUAC